AUGACUUCCGCUGGAAAAUCACCUCUCAAGCUGAUUCUCGGAGCCGCAAACGUCGGAGACAAGGAAGCUGACCCUUGGGCUCGCUACGAUACUCCAGAUGAAGUCAACGCCUUCAUCAAUGCCCUCGCCAGACGAGGCUACACUCAGAUCGACACUGCUGCAGUCUAUUCACCCCAGGCCCCUUAUAGCUCUGAGCCUCGCCUCGGUGCCGUCAACGCAGGCGAGCGAUUCAGUAUUGACACCAAAGCAGAUUUCAUGAAGGGCCAUACCAAGGAGAACAUCACUCAUGAUAUCGACAAUUCACUCAAGCUCCUGAAGAUCAACCAGAUCAAUGUCUAUUAUCUUCACAUACCUGAUCGCAAUAACCCGAUUGAGCCAGCUCUUGAAGCUCUCAGCACGGCCCAUAAAGAUGGCAAGAUCAAGACUUGGGGCAUCUCCAACUUCCGAGCCGAUGAAGUUCAAGAAGUGAUUGAUAUUUGUGAAAAGAGAGGUUUUGUCAAGCCUGCUGUUUAUCAGGGUCACUAUAACGCACUUGUUCGCGCCGGCGAGAAAGAUCUAUUCCCCGUUCUUCGAAAGAAUGGCAUGGCAUUUUAUGCCUAUAGUCCUGCUGCUGGCGGUCUCUUUUCUGGAAGUCAUAAAAAUCCUGUUCCAAAUGGACGAUUUGACCCGGCACAUAAAUCAGGAAGUAUCACUAAUUUGCUCUACAUCAAGCCAUCCGUUCUUGGAGCUGUCGACAAGGCCAUUGAAGUGUUCGCUAAGCAUAACAUUGAAGGGCAUGCUGCAGCCCUCAGAUGGACGGCGUAUCACAGUAUUCUCGACAAGAAAUAUGGGGACGGACUGAUCAUCGGUGCAUCUAGCCCCCAACAGCUCGAGAGCAAUGUUGAUACGGUUGAGGAGGGGCCGCUGCCUGAAGAAGUUGCUGCUGCUCUUAACGCCGUGUACGAGGAGGCUGGUGAUGAGGUCUCUUACCAUAUGUAG